AUGGUGGGUGGUGAGGCGGCCGCCGCGGUGGAGGAACUGGUUUCCGGGGUUCGGCAGGCGGCUGACUUCGCGGAGCAGUUCCGCUCCUAUUCGGAGAGCGAGAAGCAAUGGAAGGCUCGGAUGGAAUUCAUCCUGCGCCACCUGCCCAACUACCGCGACCCGCCUGACGGCGGCGGCCGCCUGGACCAGCUGCUGUCCCUCUCCAUGGUUUGGGCCAACCACCUCUUCUUGGGCUGCAGUUACAACAAAGAUCUGUUAGACAAGGUGAUGGAAAUGGCCGAUGGCAUUGAAGUGGAAGAUCUGCCACAGUUUGCAACCAGAAGUGAAUUAAUGAAAAAGAUUGUGUCUUUUCUUGAGCAAAGAGAUGGCACAUAA